AUGCGGCCUGGUGGGUCUUUCGGCGGCAUCCGAGAGUAUCGAGACCCAAGAGCUGACAUCGGUCUGGAUAAGCAGGAAGAUCUUCGGGAUGGCGCCAGGGUUGCAUGCAAGAAGCACACGGAAGAAAUACUGGAACGGCGAGAGGUUCACGAACGAUUUUUCCGGAACAAAAUUGAAAUGAUCGUGGCUAUCAUCGCGUUCGCGAUAUCGCGAGAAGAGAAUGACGACAGCACACAGCACAACAACCACCACCAUCACCCCCACCAUCAUCACCAUCAUCAUGGCCAUGGCCACACGCGUGGCGGCAAAGUGCCCUUCAACGGUUACACCUCCGAGGAGUAUCUGGAUCGGCUGGAACCGAACGGAAACAUCCCGGCAGACAAAACGUACAACAAACAUUGGAACCGAGUCGGAGACCACGAGCGAGUCCACCGGCAACUAUCCGUGUCGUCCGACAGCAAACUGCUCGACGAUGACAUUCGGGAAGAAACACGUGUGAUAAUGCGACCUAAGAAACCGCCCCGGCCCAAGUCAGAAGUGUUCCUGAACAAACACGAUCCCCACCCGCGGAGGAAACGGUUUAGUGCAUUUGGGGGUGAUUCACCGUUCGGCAAGUCAGAAGCUUAUAUUAAACUAGAACAACUCGGAGAAGGGUCCUACGCAACUGUAUUUAAGGGUUAUAGCAAUUUAACAAAUCAAGUAGUAGCAUUAAAGGAAAUCAGGUUACAGGAAGAGGAAGGUGCCCCGUUCACGGCAAUCCGGGAGGCGUCGCUGCUGAAAGAACUGAAACAUUCAAACAUCGUGACGCUCCACGACAUCGUCCAUACGCGAGAGACGCUAACGUUCGUGUUUGAAUUUGUGAAUACCGACCUGUCGCAGUACAUGGAACGACAUCCGGGUGGUUUGGACCAUCGAAACGUCCGGCUGUUUUUGUUCCAACUGCUCCGGGGCCUCUCCUAUUGCCAUAAAAGACGUGUCCUCCAUCGGGACGUGAAACCGCAGAACUUACUCAUCAGUGAGAUGGGCGAACUGAAGCUGGCCGACUUCGGGCUGGCCCGCGCCAAGAGUGUUCCCAGUCAUACCUACUCGCACGAAGUGGUCACCCUGUGGUAUCGACCACCAGAUGUUCUCCUGGGUAGUACGGAGUAUUCGACGUCACUCGACAUGUGGGGUGUCGGUUGUAUUUUCGUAGAGAUGGUCACCGGUAUGCCGACGUUUCCUGGCAUUCGGGACACGUACGAUCAGCUGGAUAAAAUUUUCAAAAUCCUCGGAACCCCAACGGAAGAAACGUGGCCAGGUGUUUCGCAUUUACCGGGUUAUAGGUUACACAUGCUAGGUUUCUUCAAACCCCGAAAACUAGGUUUAAAUUUUCCUCGCCUGUACGAUAUUAUCGAAGGUGAGAUGAUGGCUAGUGCGUUCCUGCAGCUAAAUCCUGAUAAUCGGAUAAGUGCUGAAGAGGCACUCCGACACCCAUACUUUGCCCCGUUGCCAAAAAAAUUGUACGAACUGCCCGAUGAAACGUCUAUCUUCACCGUGGAGGGUGUGUUCCUACAGCAGGAGCCCAAUCGGCACCAUCAACACCAUAAAUGAGAGUUAAGACAAAGCAAAACCCUAGAUGCAAUACGUUAUUAUUGUUAGUAGUGAAUGCAAACCCCGGAAUGAGCAAAAAGCAAAGCGAAAUGAAAGUGUAGAAGCAAAGCGAAGUGAAGCGGAGGAAACACAUAAACUAUAAAGCACGUGCACACAAUGUGCCGCACCCUGUUCUGCGUUCUGUGAUCAAGAAACUAAAAUUGUAUGGCCGAAAAUCUAACUGUGUCGUUCGGAAAUCAAAAGAAGAAAAAACCGAAAAAGUGAAAGUUGUUAAACACCCGGUGCACUGGUAAUCCUAUCCUCUGAAAACUUUUCUCCGGAAGCUUUGCGAAACGCUGUUUCCGGAAGAAGUUCGAAACUGAAUUAAAAUACCUAGUGGCCGGAAGAAUUUGCUAGUAUUUCGUAUCCCUAACCCCAAGCUGUAAGAAUCAUUAUUAAAGGUAGGAAAUCUGGAUACAUGAUACUACAUUUGAAGGACCAUUUCUCAGUAAGUGAACCCCGAGACUCUGCUCCCGUGAAUACACAAAAAAAAAACAAACACAUAUACACAAACAGAAAACACUUGCUGUCUAGUAAAUUCUAUGAUAGGAAGUAAUUAGCUAAUCAGUAACUAACCCUACUAACCGGAAGGGUGUCCGUAGCAAAUUUGUGAUUGUGGGAGAUGAGCAAGACCAGCCCAUUAGUGUCCCUUAAAAUGUAUGAAAAGACGCCCUUUUCUCACGUUUUGGGCUUGAUCAAUGAUUCAAGCUUUCUAAAUGAAGUCCAGUUUUCCAGCUAGUUUAAUGUUACUACCCUACGCUGAAAAUGUGCAUAUAGCUUUUUUGUUGUCGUGAAGCAAUUGAUACGGAAAUAUUAACUUUGUACGAUUGUACUUUUUAUCCUUAUUUUAGUUUCUUCCAACUUUCAAAACGAUAUAUUUUAAUGUUUUUUUUUCAUUUAAAAUAUUUUAAGUAUACUGAAUUGCUUUUAUAGAGGAAAUGUAUUACAAAUACUACGGACGAGGAGGAUGUAAUAAUGAGAAAUUUCAAAGAAAAGGAAUGAAUCCCAGAAUUGGUCACGUUCAGUUCUUUGUUGAGAUCUCAAAUGGAACGGGCUGCAAAUAUUUGGCGGUAGAACGACGGCAAACAAAUAGAAACAUGUUUCAUUUAAUUCGCAUAUUACAUUCAUUUAAGACUAUUGUGUACGUUUUUAGUUCGCUUUCCUUAUUAACAAAAAAUUAUUUCUGUUCCGAUCGCAUGGAAAGCUGUUGAACAGCUGCCAUGUGAAAUGAAAUUAUUUAGUUUUGCUAAAAACCGAAAAACUUGGGAAUAGUUGAAACGGUUCAGACCAGAGAGUGAAAGCGCUAGAAUGAGUGUUAUAAAAAGGGAGAGAGCGACCAUUAUAUUGUACUAACUACCGAUCAAACAACAUUGGUUUUUAGAAAAAGAAACCUCUAGAAACAAACUAUUGGAUGGUUUAAUAAAACAAAUUAUAUUCAUUUAAA